GGAGUUACUUGUGACUUCAGAGUUGUCUGACCUUUUUUACAAAUAAAUAAGCACCCUAGAUGUCCACUGAUAUUUUUAUUUGAUAUAGAUAUGUUGUCAUUCGUCACAAACUUUUAAUUGACUCAUUGAGGAUCGUAUGAAAAUGUGCCCUCAUUUAUAAAACAAGCUUAUAAAUCCAAAAAUGCAUGUAUGCGUAUUGCGUACGUAUUAUGAGUUACGUACCCGAGUCGCUGUCGCCGCGUGCUUGCUGUCGUCUCCACCUGGACCGGUCCUGCUCGUGCCUAUAUAAGGCCGCUGGCCGCCCAGUCGGCCCAGACCCGCCGACAUCGCCCCGUCGCCGCCGUACGAUCGCAGUACCUCCCCAGCGGCCGCGCCAUGGAUUUCAAACUGAUGCUGGUUUUGUCUGCGCUGGGCAUGACCUGCGGGGCGUCCAUCCAAGACCCGUACAUCCACGACUCUGCCGAGGACCAGAUCGCCAUGGAGUCGGGUCCGGUGCAGACGGUGGUGAUGGCGCCUCCCCACCUGCAGGCCGCCGCCUCCGAGCCCCUGCCGACGGAGGUGCUGGCCGACCAGCAGAUCACCGAACCCGAGGUGGCCACCAACGAGCUUACCGAGCCCGACACCGAGACCAAGAAACAGUCGACACCCUUCACCGUGCUGGUGAACGAUGAGCCGAUCGAGUCGGUGGUGGAGGCGGCGCCCCAGCCGGCGGCCCAGCCGGCGCCGGUGCGGCCCUCGUUCAGCGCGUUCGCCGUCCGUCGUCCGGCGCUCUCCCCGCUGAUGCAGAUGUCUCUGCUGAGCCGGCUGCAGCCGCAGCUGCAGUUGGGCGGCGCCCUGGGCGGCUUCGGCGGCUCGCCGGUGAUCCUCCUGCAGCCCAUUAUCGUGCCCGUGCCCGUAGCGGCCCGUGACGCCGAGCAGCGCCCCAACUCACUGGCCGACUCGGUCAUGUCGAGCCUGGUGCUGCGCCGGGCGCCGCGGCCCCGUCCGCUCAGUCUGAUGGACAUCCUGCAGCGAGGCUACUACGGAUUCUGAGCGGUCCCCUGCGUCCGACCGAGACCGCCAAGGGUCUGGUCUUGACGUGUGUCGGUCUGUCGGUCAGUUCAUCUUCCAGUCCGUCCGUUCCGCGGUCCGUCCGUCCUCCAUCCGCCUUUCCUCCGUCCGCCAGUUCAUCCGUCAUAUGUUAUUGAGGUGUGGUGCGCCCGGUCCCUCAUCCCCGACCGCUCAGACCUCCUGCCGACCUCCUGUAUCGCCAAGCGAGCAUGCGAACGAGCAGAGGCACCUGUCAUAGAAAGGUCACCUGUCACAGAAAGGACACCUGUCAUGGAGUCAGGCUGACAGGACCGUUGGUCGAAGCAGACAGGCGGUGUGGUUGGGACCGGAGCUGCGUCCCCCUGCGGUGCCUGGUACGGGCCGUCGCGCGCCGCGUCCGAGCCUGAUCGCUGCACGGGAGAUUUGUGGACGAAGUGAUGAGAUGAGAUUUAGGGUGCGGCAGAGUGGCUCAGAGGCGAUCCAUGGCAUUACUGUACUUGUUGGCUUGUUGACAGUGUGUGAGUGGGAUGAGUGGUAAUUUAUUGCAGGCUCUGAUACAGCCAAAGAUUUGAGAGUGACACGCAACUUGGCCCUCAUUAUCGUGACCCCGUAACGAGAAAGAAAAGAUUAUUGUUCUUUGGCUGCGCUGGAACGCUAUUUAACACGAGUGUGAUGAUCAAUUGGUUGCAGUGUCAUUUUCAUCAAUAAACGGUUAUAUAUUUCAAA